AUCACAAUCCUUUUAACAACCGCUUCGAUUUAUACUUGUAAAAACUCAAAAUUUAGAGAGAAAUUUCCAACAUUUCAGAAUUUUAAGACAUCAGAAGUUAUUUUUAGAGAGAGAAAAAAUGUCGAGCGAUUCAAACACUCCUUCAACGAAGCAGCAAAACCCUAAAAAAACUAAUUUGUUGGAUCAUAAUUCCAUCAAACACCUCCUUGAUGAAUCUGCUACUGAGGCUGUUAAAGGUCGUGGGUAUGUAGAAGAUGUGAGGAUGAGCAAUGUAAGAUUGCUGAUGGGGACUGUGAUCAUAAUCAUUGCUGUCGUGGCACAAUUCUACCCUAAGAAGUUCCCAGAAAAUAAGAACUUUUUGAUUGGCGCUAUCAUAUUAUAUAUUCUCUUCAAUGGUAUUUUGCAGGUGAUCGUCUACACAAAGGAAAAGAACGCUAUGAUGUUCACCUAUCCUCCAGCGGGAUCCUACAAUAGUACUGGCCUGGUUGUAUCUUCGAAGUUGCCUAGGUUCUCUGAUAUGUACACGCUGACUAUUGAAAGCGCCGAUCCAAAAUCAAUCUCCGCCAACAAACCUGUUGAGUUGAAUAAGAGUGUCACUAAAUGGUUCACGAAGGAUGGAGUUUUGGUGGAAGGUCUUUUCUGGAAAGAUGUAGAGGAACUAGUAGAUCAAUAUAACAAGGAACCUAAAAAGAACAAAUGAACAGUGGCAUGAACCUUUUUUUUAUACACCAACAAAGUAUUUUAGGGUUGUAGUCAGUAGAACUGGUUGUACGUUCACAUAUACUGUUUUCUCCGAGUAAUUGUCUUUCUUGAUUUUGCGGGAAUUUGUGACCUGAAAAAUGAUGAACUUGUUCACAAAUAGAGACACGGUUUAAUAGGUUAUGUGCAUUACUUUGAACUUUCUGGGUAUUCAACAUUUCUGUAUAUGCAGUAGGCUACAACUGAAGCCACUUUCAGAA